GACGGUUUCUCUGGAAAGCUGUCGAUGGGAGGCCAGGUUUCUUCCGAGCUGCGAGUUGAGAAAGAGGUUUAUAAAGGAGACGUGAUUCAUGUCGGCUCCAUCAAGUGUAAUCGGAAGAACCUUCUGGGACAAGGAGGCUUUGGGACGGCUGUUUAUCAGGGACAGUGCGGAAGGCGGGAAAAUGUGGCAGUGAAACGUAUACCCUACUCCGAUAAAAAUCAAGAAGACUUCAUUGAAAAAGAAAUCAAGCACCUUCAAAAACUAGAAGAAGAUGGAACCAAUGUCAUCAGGUACUACCACGUGGAAAAGUCAAAAAGCUUCUACUUCAUCGCUAUGGAGCUAGCAGUCGGCACAGUGGACGACUACGUGGAAAGAAAGCAGCACACUUCAGAGGUUGAUGAAAUGGCCAUCCUCCGAGACUCGUCCAUUGCACUUGAAUGGCUACACGGCCAGACUAUCAUUCAUAGGGACAUCAAGCCAUCGAACAUUUUGCUGGUUAAGAACAAGAGAGGUGAAACCGUGGCUAAACUCGCCGACUUUGGCGUAUCCAAGGACCUGACAACGAGCAAAUGGACAAUGUCUGGUACCGUCGGCACUCAAGGAUGGAUGGCUCCGGAGGUGAUUGCGGACGAGCAGGAAACUCCUGGUGCGGCGGACGUGUUUUCCCUCGGCUUGGUCUUCUUCUACGUCCUCUCCAAAGGAAGACAUCCAUUUUUCAAAACUGCACGGCACAUGAAGAUGAACAUUCGAGAUGCAAACGCAUGCCUGGAUGCCGUACCGGAGGGCUCCGUGAGGAGCCUGAUCGAAGAAAUGAUUCAGAAAGCACCAGGUGACAGACCAUCAAGCAAGUACAUGGCCAGGCAUCCGGCCUUCUGGGAGCCGAAGAAGAUGGAACUGUUUUACCAGGCCAUUAGCGACCUCAUCAUGGCAAAAGACGAAGAGCUGAAGGCCACGGUCGACAAAUGUCCCACUCGGGUGUUCGGAGAGCAGGGUGAGCAGGGUGAACCCAGGGACUGGAGGACGAUAAUCGACAAGUCACUGGACAAAGGCCACUUCCAGAGCUACAGGGAGGCGACCGUAUCUCAGCUGCUGCGGUUGAUUCGAAAUAAGGUGAGGAUUCAUGUGUGACGGUGUCUAUUGCCCGCGCUCUGAUGGUAGUCGGUUCUGCUCGGCACCACCUGGGCUAUUUCCUAACCCAAGACGGCAUGAGGAGGUGUCGGAUUCAGCACACUCCUGCUGUCUCGAAAGCAAUGGUCGUAUCGACAAAGGUGAAAAAUAGUUCAAGCUGUCGCAAAAGAAAUUUUCAAAAGGUAUUGCUGUCGCCUGAACCCGGCACCGCCUGAG